AUUUUUACUGCCAUGACGCAUGGCGAUGAGCUCGGGCAUUGGGAAGAGAAUACAUCAUGGCCUCCAUAAUUAAUAAACGAGGCAUAUUUACCCCUCGACAGUUUUAUCAUCAGUACGCGCCACUCACAACGACAGCGUUGCAUUUUGGAACUCAAGAUGUCUUACUAUGGUCCCUCUUUCCGAACCCCCCAACCGAGGCCAACCUCUCUGGCCGCCUCAAGAGCGAAUUCUGUUGGCUACUUUGCUCCACGAACACCACAGCAAAGCAGACCGACCACCCCAGCUGCACGUGCUGCCUCCAUGUCCGCAGCUCCGAACCCUGUGACGAAUCUAUCACGGGCGAAUAGCAAGACCAACGAACCCGCAGAUACGUCUGAGGCGACCUCGUUCAGUUCGAUACAGUACAAUGAGAAGGGCGAACCCAAGAUUGGAAGGGUUGUCGGUGGAAAAUACGUUGAGGAGGGGAAUCAAGAUGUCGACUCAGACUGUGGGCCCAUCAAAACAGUGGACAUCGACAUGCCACUCACCCUGACGGAAAUGGUCACACACAACGAGAAAGAUUACAUCAUUCUCACAUUCGCAACGGGCGACAAAGAGAACCCUUUCAACUGGAAUCUGUGGUACAAGCGGAGCAUCAGUACGAUGCUUAACUUGAUGACCUUGUUUAUCGGACUAGCUACGACCGCGUACAGCUCGGGCAUUGGCAGCAUGUGCGCCGAGUUCGGGGUACCCACUAUCUACGGCCAGCUCGGCCUUUUCACUUUCAACAUCGCCUGCGCUAUCACACCCAUGAUACUCGCCCCACUUUGUGAGCUGGCAGGCCGCAAGAUCGUGUACGCCGGAGCAUUCCUCUGCUUCUCACUAAUCUUCAUCGGACUGGCCCUAGCCCAGAAUAUCAGCACCAUCAUCGGCCUACGCCUCCUUCUUGGCUUGUUUGGCUGUGUUGGUACGAUCCUGGUCGGCGGUACCUUUGACGACAUGUACGAGCCACAUAAGCGCGGCCGGCCAAUGGCCAUGUUCAGUUUCGUUGCUAUUUUCGGCACUGUCGCUGCACCGAUUUAUGCCGGGUUCAUCGACCAAUCCAUCGGAUGGCGAUGGAUCGAAGGUGUUCAAGGGCUCGCCAACGUGCCGCUUCUGAUCGCCGUGUUCAUCUUCUUUCCCGAAACACGCGGCGGUGUGGCCCUGCACAAGCGAGCAAAGAAACUCCGCGAUGCUACCGGCGACGAGCGUUACGUCGCAGAAGACGACAUCUACACGCCUGAUCUCAAGUCCAUGCUUCGAGCUUCUUCUGUCAAGGCCAUCCGCAUGUUGGUCACCGAGCCUGUCGUCUUCGCCUUCGGCCUUUGGAUUGCCUUCUGCUGGGCCGUCGUUUUCCUGUUCUUGUCGGUCAUCCCGAUCACCUUCCAGGAGAAGCGAGGCUGGUCCGAGGGCGUCGGUGGUCUUCCAUACAUCUCGCUCGCGGUCGGCACAUUCCUAGGCUGGGUUGCGCAUCACCUCCAGAUGCGCAAAUACGAUCGCCUGCAGGCUGAUCCCAACGUGCAGAUUGUACCUGAGCACCGUCUCUAUGGUUCCAUGUUCGGUGCAGUGUGGCUCCCUGUCGGCCUUUUCAUCUACUCUUUCACACAAUACGGUGAUUUGAGCUGGGUUGGCCCCGUAAUUGGCCUUGCCCCGAUCUCAUUCGGCAUCUACUUCGUUUUCGAGAGUACCUACAGUUACACGGCAGAUUGCUAUGGCGAGAACUCUUCAUCCGCAAUUGCAGGCCAGGGCCUGAUGAGGAACACUCUCGGUGCAGUCACGCCACUGUUCGCCAACGCCUUCUUCCACAAUGUGGGGAGUCAGUACGCUGGACUCAUCCUAGCUCUGUUCGGUACCCUCCUCAGCUUGAUUCCGUUCGUGAUGUUCAAGUACGGACACAUGCUCAGAGCCAGGAGCAAGUUGGCUAGGGAGUACAAUGGGCACUAAGAGAGUUGCCUGCCACAUUUAGCGUGCAUCAGCAAAUAGAUCGAUGCUGCAUCGUUCUUUUUGAUAGCUUGAUAGGUUAUAAAAUAUCAUCAUGGAUCAUUCCAUUCCAUUGACAC